AUGCGGCUGGGCUCCCAAGAUGGUGGACUGGACAGCCUGGGGGUGCCACGCUCACCCUCUAGCCCGGAAAGCGGCACUACUCCUUGUACUCCAGAGACAGACACGAAGCAAAUCCUAGCUAAGCUGGCUGAGGUGCGUACUUAACUGGCCAUGGAGAUCGGACGAGGUGAAGGUGUCAGAUAAAUCACCAGGUAGAACAACGUUCGUCUAUGUGGCCUACUAUAACAGGAGGUGGAAGGAUCCUUAAUCGAAGUGGUGACUGCCAUUUUUAGGCCGCUUCUCCCUGACGUGUCGGAUCACCUCUGGCAUAUUGAAAGCACCCACCGGGCACUCUGGGCAAGACAGGGAGAUGACAGGAGGCCUCGGGAUGUAAAUAUAAAAUUCCUAUCCUUUCAGACGAAAGAGGCUCUGAUGAGGCAAGGCAGAGAAGGCCUGAUCACGUACAAAGGAGCUGAGAUGGCAUUAUACCAGGACUUAACUCCGACUACUUUUCAGAGACAAUGGAAGUGGCGCCCUGCCACGGAGCUUCUUCAGCAGCAUUCCAUUACGAAUGCUUGGGGCCAUCCUUUUCGGCUGCUGGCUUUCAAAGAUGGGCGCACCAAGGUCUUGCACUCCGAUGGUGAUCCGGUGGCUUUCCUGAGAGAGCUGGGGAUUCAGGCACCAGAACGAUUGGCGGUACCAACUACAUCGGUGGAGAAAUUGCGCUCCCUCCCACGCGAGUGGUACACAGCGGGUGAGUGA